AUGAUGGGUUUGUUCGGAAAGAAAAAAGACCCAAAAGAACAAGUGAGAGAGUUGCAACGAAAGAUGCGACAGGAAAUGCGAACACUGGAUCGUCAAGUUUAUGCAAUUCAAAGAGAGGAACAAAAGGUAAUAAUUCAGAAAGUUAUGAUAGAAAGUAUAUAUUUUAAGGUGACGAAAGAAAUCAAAGACGCUGCCAAAAAGGGAGACCGCGAUGUGUGCGUCAUUCUCGCGAAAUCUUUGGUCCAAUCCAGAAAAGUUAGAUUUAUAAAGGUUAAAAUUGGUUAAAAGUUGAAAUGUUUUUAGGCUCAAUCAAAAAUCCACGUGAGCAAGGCUCAAAUCAACUCCGUAAUUAUGUGUAUGCAGGUUUUUAAAAAAUUUUGAUUGUUUACUAUCUCAAAUUUGAAUUAAGGAGCAAUUAGCGACGAUGAGGAUGGCAGGGUCUUUACAAAAAUCCACUCAGGUCAUGCAAAGUAUGCAGAAUUUAAUUAAAGUUUGUUGAUUUUCCAGAAGUCUUGACUUUUUUUUUGAAUUUAGGUGCCUGAGAUUAUGAAAUCGAUGCGAGAAAUGUCCCAAGAGAUGAUGAAGCUGGGAAUUAUGGAGGAGAUGAUUGAAGAGACUUUGGAAAGUGUGGAACCGCCAGAUUUGGAAGAAAAAGCCGAGGUUUGUAAUGGAAUAGUUCAAAGAUUUCUGAUUUUACUAUCUUGUUUUGACUCUCUUAUUUUUUGGCCUUGAAAUUCUCAGCGCGCCUUUUCUUUCUACUGUCACUCAUUCUUCCAUUUAGUCGUAGUUUUUGCCAUUGAACUGUCUUUUUUACUUCGAAUGAAUACUGAAAAUUGAAUUUAUCAUGUUUCCCAGGAUAUCUUGGCUUCAGUGAUGAACAAGCCUUUUUCCAGAUUAUUUGGUCUUAAAGUUUUUUUUUAUUAUAAGGCGAUGUUCAUAACGAACUUUAAGGAGUAAUAGAAUCCGAAAUUUCGAUAGUUUUAAUGAAAAAUCUUUUUAAUCGUUUUAUUCUAACUUUAAAAUAACUUAAGAAAGAAUCACUGUAGAAAAUAUGUCGAAAUAAAAAAAUAUUACACUUUCCCGAAAGUUGGCAUUUUUUCAGUGAUUUUUUGGUUUAUCUUCCUUUUUUCCUUUUAUUUCUUUAAUUUUCAGGCGUUCUCAAGUGUAUUAAAUUCAUUUUUGACGAUUCCAGGAAGAAGUAGAGAGAAUCCUCUGGGAAGUUACCGCCGGAGAACUCGGAAAAGCGCCUCAGGCGGUUUCCGACAAACUCGGCGACACUUCUGCAAGAGUCGAGGAACCCGAUUUGGACGCCAUGACACAGCGAUUAGCCCAACUUCGUGAUUAA